UAUAGACACUGGUGCUCUGCUGAAACAAUCGGACUCACAAUCUGAAGCUUACUAUUUCAGAAACAGUCUGGUCUGAUGUUGAUGUACUGUCAAGCGGAUGCUUUACGCUUUUCUGUAGGAAGCGGGAAACCCACUGAGGACAUGACAGUCUAAAGAGAAAGGGUAGAAAUCGGCCGGCUGAUUUCUGAAGCGUAGAUACUGUUAGUCACCGAAAGUGCUUCUGAGGUUUUUGAUAAUCCAUGCAGUGGAAUUGGACCGUGCUUCGUGCUUGUAGGACUGUUCUGCAUGUGCGCACGCACUGUUCCCAACUAUUCAGAACAGUUGGCACUUAUAGACUGUUGUUUCAUAAGUGUUUGUGACCCUGUUACAAGUCCUGCUGUGUUCUGCAUGGAGUUUUUUUUUCUCAGGAAACUGAUUUAUUAAGACCUGCUCCAUGUGAGGGAACUAUUUCUCAGAUGGGAGGUGACAUUUAGUAUAAUGAGCGAGUGAUUUUGCAGUCCGCCUCUAAUGAGUCCUCUCAUCGGAGAUCUCUUAGGGCAGAGCUUCGGAUUUGAGCCAGUCAAGUCUCACGACAGUCACACUGACAAGCAGCUGGUUAUCGGUACCGUGGGAAUUCAUGUUCCAGAUGUUGGACGAUGACCAGCUAUGUACCUUGGCUCACACAUGUGCAAAGUUCCUAAUGGUGCUCUAAUUGUGUUAUCUUUUCUAAUAGCCAUAUGUUGAUCUGAUUUCUAGAACAUUGGUAGAACAGUUUCAGGGCUCUCAACAAUUAGUUUACCUUUUUCUAAAACAGUCAUGUCUGUAAUUAUCUUAACAAUUUUGCAAGUAACUUGGGGCUUAUUUUUAGUCUUGGUCUAUCAGUAAUAGAAUUCGGUAAUUGACCAGCACGAAACAAUCAUUGAGAGUGAAUUAUUUGAAAGUUGCUGUGGUUUUUUUUUAACCAAAAAGGAAGGAAGGACAGAGAGUCAGCCUGGAGAACGGGAAAGAAUACGUGGGCGGGGGAACGGGGGAGAGAGAGAUCAUCUGGAAGAAGCGGGCGAGCGUGAUCGAAAGAGAACGAGCGAGAGAGAGGGAGCAAGAACGAGAGGAGGAGGAGAGCAAGAACGGGGCCCAGUACACAGUCUGGAGGCUAAGGGAGGGAUUCCAGGAGAGGAGGGAUAGGGAAGGGGAACAACUCUCAGGAAAGAGUACAGAAGGAGCGAGAGAACCUCAGCCAGAAGUGAUUUGGAAGAGGCGAGAGGAAGAGGAGAAAGAAAGAGAGAGGAUACAGCUGGAAAACAGGGGACCCAGAAUCAUCUGGAGAAAGAAGGAGGAGAAGGAGAAGACAUGAACCGGCUGGGUGGCGCGUCGCGGAGGGCCCGUGUGGAAGGGGGCCAGCUCGGGGGCGACGAGUGGACGCGCCAUGGCUCCUUCGUCAACAAGCCCACGCGAGGAUGGCUGCACUCCGAUAAUGUGGUCAGCACCACCGGUGUCAGCUACACCGUUCGGUACAUGGGUUGCGUGGAGGUGCUGCAGUCAAUGAGGGCACUGGACUUCAACACCAGAACUCAGGUUACCAGGGAGGCAAUCUCAGUGGUGUGUGAGGCAGUACCAGGUGCCAAAGGAGCUCAACGCAGGAGGAAGCCUACAUCCCGGUGUCUGACCUCUAUCCUAGGAAAGAGUAACCUCCGGUUUGCUGGAAUGACAAUCAACCUCACUGUGUCAACGAACAGCUUGAACCUACAGACAACCGACUGCAAACAGAUUAUCGCCAACCAUCACAUGCAGUCCAUCUCUUUUGCAUCGGGAGGAGAUCCAGACACGGCAGAAUAUGUAGCCUACGUAGCCAAAGACCCUGUCAACCAGAGGGCGUGCCACAUCCUGGAGUGUUCUGAAGGCUUGGCCCAGGAAGUGAUAAGCACCAUUGGACAGGCCUUUGAGCUGCGUUUCAAGCAGUAUCUGAAGAACCCCCCUAAACUUGUCACCCCACACGACAGGAUGGCUCCUUUUGAUGGCUCAGCAUGGGAGGAGGAAGAAGAGGACUUUGCACCUCCCCAAGACGUUCCGUACUAUAAUAACUUUCCUGGGAAACAGCCACCCCCAGGAGGCCUGGUGGACAUGAGAACUCGUCCUGGACACAGCACAGGAGCCACACUACCCUAUGGCCAGCCUGGAGUAAAUGACAUCCAUAAGCAUCCUCUACCUCCACUGCCAGUGGGAGCAAAAGAAGGUGGCCUGUUUGAUGACCCCUCGUAUGUCAACGUGGAUAAAUCCCGCCCUCAAGUGGCCUCCGCUAAUGGCAGUGCUCACAGAGAUGCUUUCGACAUGAAGCCCUUUGAUGAUGCCCUCAGCGUGUCAGGCUCAGUGCCUCCUCUGGCUCAGCAGCUGCAGAGUGAGCCCUGGUUUCACGGUUCCCUGAGCCGCAAGAAGGCAGAGAAGCUGCUGAGCAAAGAUGGCGACUUUCUUGUGCGUGAGUCGGGUACCACACCAGGCCAGUACGUGCUCACGGGCCAGCAAGGAGGCCAACCCAAACACCUGCUGCUGGUGGACCCGGAGGGAGUGGUUCGUACCAAAGACCAUCGCUUUGAAAGCGUCAGUCACCUGAUCAGUUAUCACAUGGACAACCGGCUGCCAAUCGUAUCUGCCGGAAGUGAGGUGUGCCUGCAGCAACCAGUGGAACGCAGAGCCUAAGUGUCACACACACUUACACACACACACACUGUUCUUCUUCUGCCAUGGUGUCUCCUUCCUUCUCAAUCUCUUGUAAUUAGACUUUUCCAGAGAUCGUCUCACUUUUUUUGCAGAGAGGAUGAGCAACAACAAGAAAAAAAUAGUAACAAAAGUAAGCUCUGUCCAUCCAUAAUGAAGCUUGGAAGUGAUGCGAUCAUUGGACUCAUGGACCAAGAGAAUUUCACAGCCUACAGAUUAAGCUGUAAGAAUAAAAGCGAGACUCCAAUGGGGAAAACGAGCCAAAAAAAGAAAAUCCAACAGACUGGUGUAGGAUAGGUAUUGGUGUAAUGUGAUGUCACGUCCCCUACAAAAUGGCAUGUAUGAGUUAAUCGUGAGAUGUCUGGGCAUUCAAGGGUUCAGCUGAAAUAUCCCUCAGUAACACUCCAAAGGUCAUAGACUGCCGAAGAGAAGUGAAGUGAAUCAGAGACUCGAAAGACUGGUAUUUUGGUUUCAUUCAUUCAUUCAUUCUCAGAUCUCUGGUUUAUAAAGCCAGCAGAAUCACUGCGUACAGACCGACACGUAGCUAGCCAUUAAUGCUGAUGCUGAUGUCAUGAAGUAGAUAUAAAUUACAGUAGUGGGAACUCAUUCAGCCACUUUUUUUGGUAGAUUCAUUAGAAUUAACAUAUUCUUCAAAAUAAACAGGAUCCUACUUGGAAAUCUUCCCUAGCGGUUCCUAUAAAUCUCCCAUUCACCAUUUGGGAGUGUUUCAAAGCCACAUAUCAUUCUAUAUGCAAAGAGGAAUAGAUUAUAUACUGUAGAUUAUACAUAUGAUGAAGUUUUGUUUUUGGGUUUUUUUUUUAAAAAGAGAGAGAUAUUUACUUUCGUUGAAACGAUGAACCCAGCAAGGAGCAGAGAUGAGGAUCAAAAGAAACACAACACACAUCUAGAACCCUACAAUCUGGACAGAAUGGACUUGAUGAAAGAGACCAAGAGUGAGAGACUGUAUACAGAGUUGCUCCAAGCUCAUCAGGACUCAAAAAAGGGGAGAUGAGUUCAGUCCUCGCCGUAACGCAUAUCCUGUUGUGGUGAUGUCAUCUUCGAGAGCACCUGUAUCAUGAACUUUUUCUUUUUUUUUUUUUUUAAAUUUAAAAAAAAAAAAUUUUUUUUAGCUGUAUAUUUCACUUUUAUCUGUGUUCGCCUUGACAAUCUAUCUCCGUGUGUACUUGAGUUGAAGUUUAAAAAUGAUGAGACUCAAAAGGAGUGAGGAGACAUAAAGGUAAAAUAAUUAUAAUAAUAAUUUUAAAAAAAACAGAUAGCGAUGCUAAAAUGAAUCCAAAUAUGACACCCUGUUGCAUAUGAUGCACAUUUCUGAACUAGAGUAACAUUCAUUUCAUAUGAAAUGUGUUAUCAUCACUGCCCUAUAAUCAAGGAACAAACACACUCCAUCAUUUCCUGUUUUUAUGUUCCUAUUAGAAUUGUGCCUUUUCACUCAAGAAAACCACCAAAUUAGGAUGCAGUCGAAGUAAAGAUGAAAACUCAAGAACUUCAUUGGCGUUCCGAGUUUAUAACGUUUUCUUCCCGGAAUUCCUACACAAGUGUGUUUCAGUUUGAUCCAGGUUUUAGUUGAUGGUAAUCUUAGUUGUUUCCUUGCACAUUCUCUUAAUCCUGCUGGUAAAUAGUGCUCAUGUGUUCGUGCUGUGCUGUGACUUAAUGAAAACUUCUAGAUAUUGUUUCAUGAUGUUUCUUGCUUGUGAUAUAGUUUUCUUACCAGCUUCAUAAACUGUACAUAGAUAUCACAUAUCACAAUGUUUAUAAUUCUUGUAAGCUCAUCCAAGACCCAGACUGGAUAAAGCCAGACCACCUUGUUAUGAAUGUCAGCAUUGAUUUGAAGAAGCAAGAAACCAAUUAAAAAUGAUUUUUUUACUUCUUUCUUAUAGAUUUACUAAAGCAUAUAUUCACUGCAGGGUUUGAGUUUAUCACCAAAUGUACCACUCAAGUGCAAAGAAUUCUGUAAUUGGAAACAUGAUAUCAUCAUAAUUAGUUAACUAGGAGUGGAUCUGUAUUAGACACAGUGGGUAAUAUUAGAGUAUUGGCAUUGAUGUGUAGGGCAGGCAGACUCUUGUCUGUGGCUCAGUUUGCUGUCUUAAAUUAUUUGACUUCUUCACUCAACACUUGGGUGUCAAAAAAAGUGACUGGUGCAGUGCCAAGUACGGUCUACCCAGGGGUGUGGGUGCCUCACAGAAUCCACACUGUUGCAUGGAAACCCUCUGCAGUCUUUGUGUUAUAGUUACAGUGGCUUAUUUCUUCUUUUUUUUUUUUUUUCUUCUUCAUGCGUGUGUACUCACCUUAUGACUGAUUGUGGUUUGUUUUUUUGUUUUGUUUUUUGCAUUUUCUUGGCCAAAGGUUUAUUUUGCCUUACCAGCACAAGACUUGUUUUUUUUUAUGUUGCCUUUUCUUUUUGAUUUAUUUUAAUAUGCCUUUAAUGUUCUUUUUUUUGGGGGGGGGGGGGGGGCAUACAUGUUUACAUGUGUAUCUUGAACUAUAGAUUGCAUAUAUAAAUGCAUUAUCAAUACAGA